CGGUAUCUGCCAAGGGACAAGCUUCGGAAAUGCGUUUUCUUUCCGCCCUCUUUUCCAUUCUUUUCAUAAAAUACUAGAGUAGGCAACAGCGAACAUGGAGGAAUUGAGCGCCGUAGGAGAACAGGUUUUCGACGCUGAAUGCAUCCUGAACAAACGACUAAGAAAGGGGAAGUUAGAGUUUCUUGUAAAGUGGAGGGGAUGGUCAUCCAAGCACAAUAGCUGGGAGCCCCAAGCGAACAUCCUUGACCCAAGAUUAUUGGCUGCAUUUAACAAGAGUGAACAAGAAAAGGAAAUUCUGAUCUGCAAGAGAGGGAAAAGGCCGAGGGGGAGACCUCGAAAAGUUGUGGAAACUGUGCCUGAAGUGUCAAAGUCAAGCAGUUCUUCAUCAUCGUCAUCUUCGUCUGGCUCAUCCUCGUCAUCAUCUUCCUCUUCCUCCUCAUCGGAUGACGACGACGAUAACAAUAAUAGAAAGGCAAAGCCGGGUCCCAGAACACGGGAGCUCCACCCUGUCCCUCAGAAGAAAGCACAGAUUGUUGUGGCCAAGCCGGAGCCCCAGAGGAAGAAGCGAGGCAGGAAAGCACUGCCUGCAGAAAUGAAGGCCAUUCAACAGAACAAGGGCCAGCGCAAGAUCAUAAAGACAGUUGCCAAAGACUCCCCUGCAGACCUCCGAGGUGGAAUCAAGAAACCCUUUCACCCAGCCAGCUUCACCUUCAUGGGGUUGAACAGCAGAGGCCCUCUGAGUGUCCAGGGCAGAUGUUCCCUGGCCCAGGGUGGGACUACUAAAAACUCCAUGAACACUGCAGCCUCUGGCCGGUCAAAUACCUCAGCUUCUCUCUCUUUCAACCAGAGAUCCAACCAGAGCAAGAGUCAAGCUUCUGACUUCAAAUUGUCAGUCUCUGAUGUGGACAGUGGAGCAGGUUUGGACUUAAAAACGACUGCAAGCAAAUCUGGAGUAGCAGUGUUGAAUUUGCAUAACUCCAAACUCUCAACCAGCAAUGGCAACCCACAAGGAGCUUUUCAGCCACAGCUGGGUUCCCACAACGGGCAGAAGAAACCAGAUGCCCCUGGGCAAACACCACUGCAGCAGGUACCCAAUAACAAACCUGCUUCCCCCUUCUCCACUCCUAGAGGCCCUGCCAACCAAGCUGCAAGCCUUCAGGCACUAAACCUGCAGAGUGUGAACAAAUCAACACAGGGCAACGGUACUCCAGGCAAUGGCACCGCGCCAGUGUCCAACCUGCGAAGCACCGCCAACCCAGCACGGAAAAACACAGUUGGUCAGUAUGGUCAAGAGCAAAAUCCUGUACAGAGUCCUGCCACGCCUGGUGGACAACUGCCCAGAAAGAACCAUCCUGGAGUUGAUAAGGUCAAAGCUGAGGAGUCCAGUGAAGUGGGUUUCACGGCAGAGAGGCCUGAGAGGCUGACUACAACAAGGGCACAAGGGAGGGUUGAGAAAAGCAUUGUCCAGAACCCCUCCGCAGAGGCCAGAGACAUCCUGGGCAAGCGGGAGAGAUCUGCCUCCAAAGACCGUGGCAAGCAGGCCAAGGUCCUCCUGAGUGAGAUGAGCACCGGUGAGGAGAGCACCUCAGACUCUGACCAGGAUUCUCCCUACCCAAGUAACAGUCAGGACUUGUCCAUCUCAGUCCAGAACGGCCAGGACUGGAAGCCCACUGACAGCCUGAUCGAACAUGUGUUUGUUACUGACGUCACUGCCAACCUUGUCACUGUCACAGUCAAGGAGUCCCCAACCAGUGUGGGCUUCUUCAACAUACAUAAUUAUUGACUGAACACCGGUAAUUGAGCUGCCUAGCAAAGGGGCUGCAAAGUAGACAGCAGAGGCCUUAAGUGGGGUAUUGAAUGAAGUAGACGAGUU